CCGCCUUUCAAAACUAAAUAGUCAUGUCAAUUACUUUAUAUUAAAAAUCAUUUGUUUGUCAAACUUUAAUAAUUAAAAAUAAAAAUUUUCAAAAAUAAUUCUGCAGGGAGAUUCACCUCAAAUAUAAUUAGUGUUUUUGUGUAAUAUUUCGCUUUUAGCGGAAGUGCGCAUCUGAAAAAUCGGCUGGCUGCCGGUUGGUCGCCAUACUUGUGGCGAGCUACAUAGGAAUUUGUUCUCCAGAGUUUUCGUCGUUAUCGACGAAAGGGAGUACCUUUACUCCCUUUUUUGUGUUCUAAGUUACGUAAUCGUCUAUUUACCGUGUGGUAAAAGUUAUUUGUAUAGGAAAAUAUAUUUUUCUUUGUUUUAUAUUACAAACAUGGCUUUCUAAAAUGUCGGCCUUGCACGUAAUAUCGUUAUCUCCUUGCGGAGUGUCCCGCUCAGCCGUUUGUGUGGAUGUUGGAGGAAUCCAGAAUGGAAAAGAAAUCUUUGAACCGAACUUCUCAACCACAGUCGAGGGCAUCAGCCAUCGACUGUAAAAAAAACACUGAAUCAACUCAAAAGCCUUGGCCUCGUAGCAAUAAGAAACGUGAAGGACCUGGAAGUGCCCCCAAAAAUGAACCAAGUAGAAAAUAUGCACCAGCACAACAUGGAAGGGGACAGUUUGAUAGGAGGCCAAGACCUCGUGGUUCCACAGGUUACCAUGUGGGUGGAGCGCAGAACACCAGGUUAGGAGGGGAUGAAGAGCCAGAAAUUGGCUCAGUCUUUGUGCCCGGAAGUAAGAAGCAAAACUUGAACCAUUUGCUUAAUUUUACAUACCCCUCUCGUGGAGUGCCAGAGCACAGGGGUCACCAGGUCAGACGUCCAGGGUUUCAGUACCGUGGUCCAAAUCGAUAUGGACAUGACCAUUAUUUGAGAGCUUAUUGCCAGUUCGUGGUAAAUGAAGAUGGAGAUAUUAAAGCAAAUCUGCUAGAUCCCGAUAUCCCAUUAAAGUGGGAACAUAUUGAAGAAGUUGUGGUCAGAGCUACAGGUCGUUCAAAGUGUCUUAUAUGUUUGGGACCUCCGGCGGCUGGGCGUGUGUAUCGUUGUGGUCACAUAUACUGCUGGGCCUGCAUUCUGCAUUAUGCUGCAACUCAUGACAAGCAACCACCUCCAUGUCCCAUGUGCUCAACACCAUUGCACGUUAAUGACAUGAAACCCAUAAGAAUUGUACAAUGGGAACCACUUGCAGAAGAGGUCACUAUGCGUCUCGUACGCCGCCUGCGAGGUUCAACAUCUGUGGAAAUGGCGCCACCACGCGGUCAAGUGAUUGAGGCAAUGCCAGCAAUUUUGCCUCUAGAAAAUAUUAAUAAUGCACCAUAUACUAAAAUGUUCUCUGCCACUAAGCAACAGGUCCUUGAAAUCUUGAUAAGAGAGAGGCAUGAAAUAGAGAAUCAAAUCUUGGCAGAGAUAGACACUACUGAAAUAGUUUACUUGGAACAAGCUUUAGAAAUGCUCAAGUCCAAAGAGGAAAAUAUCAAUCUUAGAUUCAGUGAGCCGAAGGUUACUUUGAAAGAAGAAACCGAUGCUGCAGUUCCUACAGUAUAUGAAAAACAGGAAGAAAACCAAAACAAAUUAGAUUGGUUUGAUGUAAACGAAGAUGGAGCAGCUGCAUGUGCUGAAAUUAUGCAAGGAACAACCAGCGACACUGGGUUGGCAGAUACAAAUACUAAUGAAAAAGAUGGUGCACCAUUUAAAAAUCUAGAAUGGCUGGAUGAAAAUGAAGUUGGAGCUGCUUGUGCUGACAUUAUACAUAAUAAUAUGGAAGCAUUAAAUCUUCACACAGUUGAUUCCAAUUUGAAUCCAGAAGCACCAUCUUUUGAAAGAGAUGAAAUGCAGCCAGAGGUAUUUCCUCUGACUGAAGGUUUAGUUCAGGAAACAAACCAAAUUGAGGAUAAUGCCGUUACAAAUAUUGAUAAACUCAACCACAAAAAAUUCUUUUAUUUCUAUCAAGCUGAAGAUGGACAACAAAUAUUUUUACACAGCUUGAAUGUGCGCAUUCUGAAUGCAUCAUGGGGCGCCUUGGCUGCUGCUCCUCAAGUAAUACGUGGACGUGUUUUGCACCGGGAAACAUUUUCACUCACUGAGCAGGACCGAAAACACAUGCCUUGUACAGCACACUUACCUCUCUUUUGUGCUUAUGAUAUUGUUGAGUUAGAACUACAGCCGCCAUUUGUCACUGAAGCAGCAUUGAACAAUUUUUCUGGUGAAUUAAAACGUCGUGCACAGGUGCGCGCACGUCGUAAACGCGAAGAAAAGCUCGCCAAUCGUCGCGCUGCGGAGUAUCAACAAAGGCCAGACCUGUCCUCCUUCCCGCCCUAUUCCAGCUCGCCACCUUAUUCCAGCCCGCCUCUUAAUUCUAGCCCGCCACUGGUUCCCAACCUAGGCGAACCAUCCACUAGCAUUGGGUCGCCACCUUCAGGAAUGUCUUUUGCUCAGAUGGCGGGCAAUAGCGGUACAUGGCGUGAGCGUAAGACGCCCGUGGCACCGCCCCCGCCUCCUGCUGCACCUGCUCUCGACGAAGUAUCCGCUCCUCGUAUGCCAAUGCUCAUGGAUUUUGUACUCACUAACCAAGGUCCUUCUAAGAAGAACAAGAAAUCCAAGCGGAACUCUUAAUUUUUCUAUUUGAAUUUCAUAGUUUUUAUCGGUAUUUGUUGACUUAAUUUUAUUAUUGACUUAAUCUUAAUAAGCUUUUCCAAGUAUAAAAAAGAUUAAGAAAAUUAUAUGUACAAUAAUUUGCUUUUUAUAAAUUGUAGACAGAAAUAUACGAAAUAUAGGUUGAGGGGCAAUAAUGACUUGAAUUACACAUUCAUCAACAUAAACAUUUAUGACAAUUCAUUCUGAACAAUUCGAUUAAUUCUGUUAUUAUUGUAUUUUUUUUUUGUAGUAGAGCAACCUGAUAAUUAUGUUAUGUUAUGCUAGAAGCUUUGUUCUCCAUGUAAUGGUUAGAUAUAAAGCGUAGCCCGUUAUUUGUAUCGACAAGUUAUUGGUGAAAUAAAAUUCAAACAUGUGA